UCUUAAUUAUCUUAUUGCUCUAUUCUCUGUUUUUCCAGUGAACUUCCCUUGGUUCUAAAAAUCAUCACAUUUUGCAGACAAAUGAAGUGGAGAAGCAAACUCUGAGGGCUUUGCAGUCCAGGCACCUUGGAGGAGGAAUAUCUGGCACCAAAUUCCUGUAGAUCAGUGAGUGUUUACUGAGACUGGACUAUUUUUCAGAAGACAGGAUUUUGGUCAAUAUUUAGUGAUUCUAAGGAGACAAAGAACUUGAAAGACUGCUGGCUCAUCAUGUCCUCCAUUCUUGGGAAGAUGAAGAAGUUUGGCAGUUUUGACAUGGAGGAAUCUGAAGUGACAGAUGAACACGUGGAUGGGGAGGACUCUGUCCAGGAAACCCCUGACAACCCCCAGGGCCAACUCAGCACCAAGGUGCAACCUGCCAAAAGCAACAUUUUUGCAAGACGGGGCCGCUUUGUGAUGGGGGACAGUGACAAGGACAUGGCUCCCAUGGACUCCUUCUGCCAGAUGGAUCACCUGACGGCACCUUCUGUCAUCAAAUUCCAUGUGAAUUUGGAGAGGGGCAAACUUCACAAGCUCCUAUCUACAGAUUCCAUCACAGGCUGCUCAGAAAAAGCUUUCAAAUUUUAUGACCGCAGAAGGAUCUUUGAUGCUGUAGCCCAAGGCAACACAAAGGACCUCAGUGACCUGCUACUCUACCUUAAUAGAACCUUCAAGCAUCUCACAGAUGAGGAGUUCAAAGAGCCUGAAACUGGCAAAACCUGUUUACUGAAAGCCAUGCUUAAUCUACAUGAUGGGAAAAAUGAUACCAUUCCCUUGCUGCUGGAUAUUGCCAGGAAAACUGGAACUCUGAAAGAGUUUGUUAAUGCAGAAUAUACUGACAACUACUACAAGGGCCAGACUGCUCUUCACAUCGCCAUCGAGAGGAGGAACAUGUACCUGGUGAAACUCUUGGUCCAGAAUGGAGCAGAUGUUCAUGCCAGAGCCUGUGGGGAGUUCUUCAGGAAAAUCAAAGGGAAAUCUGGCUUUUAUUUUGGAGAGCUUCCUUUGUCCCUGGCUGCCUGUACCAACCAGCUCUGCAUUGUGAAAUUCCUCCUGGAGAAUCCCUACCAGGCAGCCAACAUCACUGCUGAGGACUCCAUGGGCAACAUGGUCCUGCACACACUGGUGGAGAUUGCAGAUAACACAAAGGAUAACACCAAGUUUGUAACCAAGAUGUAUAAUAACAUAUUGAUCCUUGGUGCCAAAAUUAAUCCCAUCCUCAAGCUGGAAGAACUCACCAACAAGAAAGGGUUGACUCCUUUAACUCUGGCAGCCAAAACAGGGAAGAUAGGGAUUUUCGCUUACAUCCUCAGACGGGAGAUCAAAGACCCUGAGUGCAGACACUUGUCCAGGAAGUUCACUGAAUGGGCCUAUGGACCUGUCCACUCCUCUCUUUAUGACCUGUCCUGUAUAGACACCUGUGAGAAAAAUUCAGUGCUUGAGAUCCUUGCCUACAGCAGUGAGACACCAAACCGUCAUGAGAUGCUGCUGGUGGAACCCCUUAACAGGCUGCUGCAAGACAAGUGGGACCGGUUUGUCAAGCACUUGUUUUACUUCAACUUCUUUGUGUACACCAUGCACAUCACCAUCCUCACUGCAGCUGCUUACUACAGACCUGUACAGAAGAAUGAAAAGCCUCCCUUCACCUUUGGUUACAGCACUGGGGAAUAUUUUCGAGUUGCUGGAGAGAUCCUGAGUGUAAUGGGAGGCCUGUAUUUUUUUUUCAGAGGGAUCCAGUAUUUCGUGCAGAGGCGCCCAUCACUCAGGACACUGAUAGUUGAUGGCUACAGUGAGGUUCUUUUCUUUGUCCACUCCCUGCUCCUGCUGAGCUCUGUGGUGCUGUACUUCUGUGGCCAGGAGCUCUAUGUGGCUUCCAUGGUGUUCUCCUUGGCCCUGGGCUGGGCCAACAUGCUCUACUACACCCGGGGCUUCCAGCAGAUGGGAAUUUACUCCGUCAUGAUCGCCAAGAUGAUUCUUAGAGAUUUAUGUCGCUUCAUGUUUGUCUAUCUCGUAUUCCUCUUGGGAUUUUCUACAGCUGUGGUGACUUUGAUUGAAGAUGACAACGAGGGGCAGGACACAAAUAUCUCUGACUAUUCCCGGUGCUGCCACACAAAACGAGGCCGCACCUCCUACAACAGCCUCUACUACACCUGCCUGGAGCUCUUCAAGUUCACCAUUGGCAUGGGGGACCUGGAGUUCACAGAGAACUACAGAUUCAAGUCUGUGUUUGUCAUCCUGCUGGUGCUCUAUGUCAUCCUCACCUACAUCCUCCUGCUCAACAUGCUCAUUGCACUGAUGGGGGAGACUGUCAACAAAAUUGCACAGGAGAGCAAGAGCAUCUGGAAACUCCAGAGAGCCAUCACAAUCCUGGACAUUGAGAACAGCUACCUGAACUGCCUGAGGCACUCGUUCCGCUCUGGGAAGCAAGUCUUGGUGGGGAUCACACCUGAUGGCCAAGAUGAUUACAGAUGGUGCUUCAGGGUUGAUGAAGUGAACUGGUCCACGUGGAACACUAACCUGGGCAUAAUCAAUGAAGACCCUGGGUACUCUGGGGACCUCAGACGAAAUCCCAGUUUCUCCAUAAAGCCUGGCAGAGUUUCAGGGAAGCACUGGAAAACAUUGGUUCCACUUCUAAAAGAUGGAGAGAAGAGGAGAGAAGAGCCUCACAAGCUGCCAGAAGAAGUCAAAUUAAAACCCGUUUUGGAACCUUUUUUUGAGCCAGAAGAUUCUGAGGUGUUGAAAGAAUCAAUUCCAAAGUCAGUCUAAUUCUGGGUGCCUGUGCUGGUCCUCACAAGGACAAUAGAGCACUUCAUUUAAAGGAACAGGGACUUCUGGAGAAAGGUCAGAGGACUUAGGGAAUUACCAUGUACAAGGAUUUAUUUAUUACACUAAGUAUGCUAAAUAAACUACUUGUUGUUUAAGCUCAUGUCUUCAUGGUUACUUUUAAUACAGU